CCAAAGGCAAAAGUUUCCACCAAGGAAUUGAGAGACAAGAAAGAAGGAGAAUACAUUAAAUUCAAAGUCAUCGAUAGGAACAGCAGUGAAAUCCACUUCACGGUAAAAAUGACAACACAUCUCAAGAAACUCAAAAACUCAUACUAUCAAAUACACAGAGUUGCAAUUAAUUCAUUCACGUUUCUCUCUGAAGGUCAGACAAUCGCAGAUAACCACACUCCAAAAGAACUGGAAAUGAAGCAGGAAGAUGUGAUUGAAGUUUUUCAGGAAGAAACAGGGAGGAUCUUCUCAGACACUCCCAGAAAAGUUCUAAUUUCCAGGGAAAUUAAUAAUAAAGAUAUGGAGAAGCAUAUACAACAACAAUCAAAACAAGAGAGAGUUCGCGUCAGCCAUGUUCUUGAGUACACACAGAGAACAAAAGUAAAAUUAGAAAGGCAUUUUUAUGGAGUUUAUUCCUGGGUGUAA